AUGGAUGUUGGUGAUAUUAUAGAACAUGAUAUAGAAAUACCAAAUGAACCAUUACCUCCAAUAAUACCUGAACCACAAGAGAAGAAUUUGAAAGUAUCACGAUGGAAACAACAGAAUAAGGAUGCAAAGAAAGAAGAACCAAAGAAAGAAAUAAAGAAAGCUGAAACGAAGGGUCAAUUAUCUGAAUCUGAAAAUAUACAUCAAGAGAAUCUAGAUAAAUUAUCACAAAUGAGUCAAGAUGAAAUAUUACAAGAGAGGCAAGAAUUACUUGAAGGCUUAAACCCCAAACUAGUAGAAAGUUUAAUUAACAGAUCCAAGAAAAGAGAGGAUAAACAUGAUCAUCAUCAACAUGCAGAAGGUUAUAAUGGUUGGAUAGGAGGUAUGAAAACAAGUCAAGGAGUUUCCGAACUAUCUCAAUUGGAUAAAGAAGAUGUAGAUAAAGCAUUGGGUAUCAACAACUUAUCAAUGUCAGAUAAAAAAGUAUCAUUCGACAAAGAAGUAAAGACUAUUGACAUUGAAGAUCUCGAUGAGUCAGUUCAAUUAGAUCCAAAUGGAUGGGAAGACGUCGAUGAAAUGGAUGAAAUGAUACCAAAUAACCAAAUUGCCCCUGAUGAUUUUCAAAUAAAUCAUGAGAAUGAAACCGUCCAUUUCCUAAAACCAAAAGAAGAAGAAUUGGACCUAAAUGAUCCUGAGUUCUAUAAUAAAUUACAUGAGAAAUAUUAUCCAGAUUUACCAAAGGAAACUGCAAAAUUAUCAUGGAUGACUACACCACGUCCAAAGAAAACAAAUACAGAGUAUGAAAGUAUAAGUGAUUUGCGAUUUGAUUUCAAGGGAAACUUAAUCGAACUUGAAGAUGAGUCAAAUGAUAAUCUUGGAUUACAUCAUCAUUCUGAGUCUCCACAAUUGGCAGGGUAUACAUUAUCUGAAUUGGCUCAUUUAUCAAGAAGUACAAUGGCUAGUCAACGAUGUAUUAGUAUUCAAACACUAGGUCGAAUAAUGCAUAAAUUGGGCCUACACAAGUAUAAUAUAGUCGAUGUCGAAGAUGAGGAAGUUAAUAAGAUGAUGGAAAAUUUUGAAGGUAUGAUUUGGGGUUUGAUUGAUGAGUUAAGGAUAGUUGAAACGUUGACAGAAGCUGCUGAUGAGAAAAAGACAAAGAAUCUUUCAGUUAGAAAUUAUGCUAUUGAUGCAUUAUGGUUAUAUAGAUCAGGUGGGGGUAGACCUUAG